GUGUCUGCGUACGGCGAGAGAGGGUGGUCUGCUGCGCCAUAACAAGUUGGAGGAGCCGUGCCACCGCGUAUCCAGCGCCGUCCGCCCCCGACAUUAACCCGGCUAUUUCGAGAAACUUCCAGCCCACUUUACCACGUCACUUGGAGGAAUCUUUUAAAGCGUCCGUCGCCCGUAUAAAAAUGUCUCAGUAGUCGACAGCCAGCCAACAUGAACGGCAUGAAGACACAGUCGCCCACACUGGCGAUGGCAAAUAAUGACAGCGAGCCCCUGCCGCUCGGCUGGGAGGUGAAGAUCGACCCGCAGACCGGGUGGCCCUUCUUCGUGGACCACAACAACCGGACGACAACCUGGAAUGACCCGAGACACGACACGAAAAAGGUGAGAGAAGUAUCAGCAAAUGGACCCAACAUACCACCAGAACCGAGCCCUCAGGAGACCCAGAAGAGCUUUGUGAGGGAGAUGAAGCACCCGAUUCUUCGCCCAGGUUACGUUCCCAUCCCAGUCUUCCAUGAGGGCGCAGAACUCAGGCAGCAACAGCAUCCAUGUUUUUCCUACAUCCAGCCAACCACUGCACAGAAUAUCCGGAGUGACGGGCGAACACCUUCCCCCACACCAGGGCUCCACUGCAGGCCGAGAUCCCCGUUACACAGCCCUUCAGACAGCUGCUCCCCUGAUCCUGGAAAGGUCGGCUCCCCUGUUCCACAAACAGCAGAGGUUUAUACUGCCCCGCAUCACCAACCCCCACGGCCCAGCAGCACCGGUCUUCAAGCAGGUUACAUCCCUAUCCGAGUGAUCCAUGAGGGCGGAGGAGGCCAAGCACAAACCCAGGCUCAGUUAAAUCCCUCUGUCUACUCUCAGCGCAUCCCCUACCCAGAGCACCCGCAGCCCUUUCACCGCCUUCAGACAGACGAAUGGCCGGGCUACUCUGCAGCAAUGCAGCCUCCCAGGGAAAGGGCAUCUCCGAUAUUGUUUCCUCAACAUCGGGAUUCUUCGUCUAUUCAUCUCCCGGCUCAUAUCAGAAGUCAGUCACCCAUUAUAACGCAGGUGCUUGGAGAAAGACCACAGGCUCAUGUCCUCACGAAAGAACCGGCUCAGAAAAUAGAACAGGAACAACAAAGCACGCAGCAGAAACCUGAGAACACGCAGCUCCCCCAGCCACUGCACACAGAAGCUGACAUCCAAAAGCCUCCACAACCUCAACUCUUCCAACAGCCUCUGCCUCAGCAGCCUCAGCAGCCUCAGCAGUUCUCUCAACCUCAGCAUUUCCCGCAACCUCAGCAGUUCCAUCAACCUCAGCAGUAUCACCAACCUCAGCAGUACCAUCAACCUCAGCAGUUCCAGCAACCUCAGCAUUUCCCUCAAUCUCAGCAGUCCCAUCAGGCUCAUCAGUUCCAGCAACCUCAACACUUCCAGCAGGCACCAUCUCAGACAUCUCCACAGCCUCAGCAGCCUGAACAGUUACUGCAGCAGCCGCAACAGUUCCAGCCGCCCCAGAAACCAGAGCAACCACAGCAGCACACUGCAGAUAUCACGGUUCAAAUACCUCCAAAACCAGAAGCCCAGGACAUGACGGCUGUUCCCCCAGAGGUUCCACCUGCAAAGGUAGAGGCUGAACAUGCCGCUCAGUGCCCAAUCCACCCAGGCCUGGCUAAGGUACAGCAGAUAGUUGAACGGGUUGCUAAACUGGAGCAAGAGGUGAAAUGUUUCGAUGGAAAGAAGAAUGGUAAGAGGUACUUGUUGCUCGAGGAACUGCUGACCAAAGAGCUCUUAGCGCUGGACUCAGUUGACCCAGAGGGUCGUUUAGAUGUACGGCAUGGGCGACGGGAUGGAGUCCGUCGUGUUCAGAACAUACUGGAAGAACUGGAGCAACUCGAGGAUCAGCCAGCCAAACCUGCUGGCGACACAUCAAUGGAGGGAGACAACCUGACACAGAAAGGAGAGCCCAGCAUGAUCACCAAGGAGAAUAUUGAGAUGGCAAAGGAGAUAUCAUAAUGACUGCACACUUCAUAAUCCGGAGGAGAGAAAGAUAACAUGCUGUAUAUUUGAUUGUGAACACGUCAGCUCUGGCUAACUUCUCUUCCUCUAUCUGCAGCAUUUGUAGAAGUUGCAUGCAUUAACAGUGUUGGUAUUUCCUGCCAUUCAGCACAUACUUGGUAGAUCAGUGCAGUCAUCUUCUUCAAGCCAAUGUUGUUGCCUUCUAUGUGGUGCCAAUGUCUUCAUAAUAAGAUAGCUGUCAUGAUCAAGGUGUUGACAAAAAUUUCUGGUCAAAUUAAAGUUUGAAUAAGAGGCCUUUAUCGCUAAAUGGAAUAAAUCUAGAGGUAUUUUCUUAAGAAAUGUUAUGUGUAGUUGCCUUUUGUCUCGAUCAAAUAUUGUAUGGGGCUUUUCUUAAUCCACUCAGCUCAUUAGUUAGAACACGAGUGCAAACAUUCGGGGCUUUAAGAGAAGCAUUUUCCCCUUUAUGGCCACAUGGCCAUGUUUGAGCUGCUUUAUCACACAACACACUGAAUAUGUUUGUUAGACGCUGCUUUGUGGUGCAUUACUGAUUUUGCCAUCUUUGCACUUUGCCAUCAUUGAAAUUGCUGAACGUUCAGCAGCACUACGAUUGAAAUAUAUCAGUUACACAAUUUUUGAUUGAUGUGUUUGUGUGUUUGUAUGUGCAUUGGUUUAUUUCAAAACAUUAUAUCAGUAUUUAUAUAUCAUUAUAUAGUAUUUUGGUACAUUUACGAAUGUAUAAUGACAAAUGGAGGUGAGGUGGUGUAUCUUACUUGAGAUGUGAGACAAUCAGCACUUAGUGCUAGGUAGGAAUCACAGCUGAAGAUUGUCAUAAUUGUCCUAGUAUAACUACCAAAGCCACAAUCUGCAAUAACACUGACACUGAAAUGGCCUAAAAGCCUUAAAAAUAACAACUGUGAGAAAAUGCCCAAAUUACAGUCAGUUAUAAUCUUCAAUCAUUCAAAAUCACUUUUCUGAUUACCCUGAUUGUUUGUGUAGUAAUGUAUCACUGUAAUACAAUCAAAGGACAACUGUAAUGUAGAGUCACUGCCUAACACACUGUUACAAAUGAUAGAUUGUGGCUUGGUAUUGAUCACAUUUUAUGAGUAGCAGGCCGUUGCAUUGUUGAACGAAGUUCAAUCUGGUUGGUAUGGUUGAAAAUAAAAAUGUAUUUGACAUGAA